AUGAGCUGGCUGAGCUGAUGCGCGCGCUGUCAUUUUAAAAUGGGAGGUGGGGAGCGGUGUGAGGGGAGCCGUUAGUCAGUCCGUCAAAGUUACUGUUCACGGGGUGGCAACUUGUCCCAUCACUGCAGCAAGAUGGAUGGCAUGGAUGAUGAGACCACAGUGUUCACGACGUUAAAGUCAUUCAAAAGCUUCAUUUCCAAACCUGAGACCUCUCAGAAACCACCUGAUUCCAGUUUGGCACAUCAUCAUCUCCAAAGACAGUACCUCCAGAGAAUUGAGAUGGAGGAAGCUGCUGAGAAGAUCUGCUCCAAGACGCACCUUCUGCAGAUGGCUCAGGAGAAGCAGCAGAUGGAACUGAGUCACAAACGUGCCCGCAUUGAGCUGGAGAAGGCCGCGCACAUCAGUGCCAGGGAUCUGGAGCGGGAGGUGGAUCGCAACCAGGAGCUGCUCAAUCGUAUCAAGAAAUUGGAGGAAAGAGAGGCGGAGACCACGAGGACCCUGAACGAGCAAAUGGAGAUGAACAAAACUCUGAAGAAGAGUCUGGAGGGAGAGAACAAGAAAUUAGAGGAGAAGGAGUCUGUGAUUUCUGAGGCCAAUAAGACUAACGGAGCCUUGCGAGAUGAGAUCCGGGAGCUGAAUCACAAGCUGAAGAAGCUGGAUAUGCAGCUCACCACCCAGUCCACAGACAACCAGGGCCUGCAGGAGCAGCUGGAGCUCCAGCGCAAAAAAUAUCAGGAACUUACUAUGAAGUUUCAGGAGCUCCAGGCUACACAGUCCCUGAACUCCGAUAAUGAGCUGAAGAUUAAGGAGCUGGAGAGACGCCUGGCUCUGCAGGAGCAGGACUCCGUCAUCGUGAGGAACAUGAAGAGCGAACUUGCACGCCUCCCUGACAUGGAGCGCGAGCUGAAGCGUCUCCGCGAGGAGAACAGCUACUUGAGAGAGACCCAGGAGAACAGCAACUUGUUGAGAGAAGAGACAGAGGGUCUGCGCAGGAAAUUGGAGCGACUGGAGAAGCUUAAGGAGGACAUGGUCAGCCUGGAGUUAGAAAAGGAGAAACAAGCAACAGUGCUUCAAGCCUGGGAGAAUUUAAGUGAGAUGACUGGCCUCAACAUUAGGAAGCCAGAAGACUUGUCGCGAGAGAUCAUUCAGAUUCAGCAGCGAGAAAUCGCCCUGAAGCAGCAGAACCACUCUGUCACCAGCAGCGCCCGUGCCCUGGAGAAGGCCCGUGCGCAGCUCCAAGGAGAAGUGACGGAUCUGCGCACCAAGGCCCUGGAGGAGCAGAAGAAGCGGGAGCAGCAGGACGCCCUGGUGCGCCGCCUGCAGAAGAGGGUCCUGCUGCUCACCAAGGAGCGGGACGGAAUGAAGGCUAUCCUGGAGUCAUAUGACAGUGAGCUCGCCACUAACGAGUACUCACCUCAGCUGACCCGUCGGGUGAAGGAAGCAGAGGACAUGCUCCAGAAGGUUCAAGCGCACAACUUGGAGAUAGAGGCUCAGCUCUCAAAAGCUCAGGAGGAAAUCGGCACCUAUAAACUUCAAACCCAAAAAGCUGAGAUGGAGCUUGAUGUCCUGAAGAAACAGGCCCCCGGUGCUGAAAACAGCUCCUUUGUGAUGAAUGAAGAGGUCAGCUCUCUCAGGCAGAAGAUUGAGGAGCUGGAGGCAGAGCGCAGACGUCUGGAAGAUCAGAACAACAUUCUGGAAAUGAGAUUGGAGAAACACAACCUGCAGGGCGCCUACGAUCCCACAAAGACAAAGGUGAUCCAUCUCCGCAUGAACCCCACCAACAUAGCCAAGCAGCAGCGGCUCGACGAGGUGGAGCACCUGCGCGAGGAGUGCCAGCAGCUGAGGGAGCGUAUCCGAGCACUGCAGGCAGGGGGCGCUGUGACCAGCAAUGAAGGAACCCUCAGCCUCCCUCCCUCCCAGGAAGUCUUAGAUUUGCGCAGACAGCUGGAAAGUGCUGAGCUUAAAAACCAGCGUCUGAAGGAGGUCUUCCAGAAGAAAAUCCAAGAGUUUCGCACAGUGUGCUACGUGCUAACUGGCUACCAGAUUGACAUCACCACAGAAAACCAGUAUCGCCUCACGUCUGUGUAUGCUGAACACAUGGAGGAUUCUCUGCUUUUCAAGGCCAGCGGUCCAGCCGGCGGGAGCAUGCAGCUCCUGGAGACGGAUUUCUCCCGCACGCUUCGCGAGCUGGUGGAGCUGCACCUCUUUCACCAGAACAGCAUCCCAGCCUUCUUGAGCGCCGUCACCCUGGACCUCUUCAGCCGGCAGACUAUAGUCUGAUCUGCCCUCCCGGUCUCAGCCAUAAGACGUCAUGUGACUCAGAGAUCAUGCACCUGUGAGGAGUCUUCUCUGUACUCGCCACAAAUGUACUAUUGAGAGUUAACUGUUGCGCUGAAUGCCUUGUUGUACUUUUAUUUUCAUACAUAGUAACGCAAACAGCUGCCUAGACUUGCGACAGGCUGACAGCCCUGAGGCAGAAUAUGUCAAAUUUGGAUCAGAAUAUCAUUUCUAAGCAAGGUCAAGCACCAAUGGGAGAAAUUCAAAGGCUGUUUUCGUAAAGCGUAGCUUAUUACUGUCAUUUUUGUUUCCUUUUUGUUCAAAUAAAUGAAAAAAUAAUCUACCGAAUGAAUAUUGCAUGGCUGUAUCCAUGAUUUUCUUGCUGGCAUCCCUGACUGCUGCUGUUAUGGAAUGUUGUGUCCCAAGCGUCUCUUUCCCUGUCCGUCCCGAAUUAUAAUCUGAUAAUGAGCUGCCGAGCUGCGUCUGUCACAUGGAGAACAGCCGCUUCCGUGUCACACCUCCAGCAGGGGAGGGAGUCCACCCUCAGCUGAGGCUCGCUGAGACUCUCUCCCCAGACAGAAGCUUCUGGGGAAGGCACAGUCACUGAGAGAGACUCAUGUUUGUCAGAAGUUACUGGUCAUCUGUCUUGACUGUCAUUAAUGACAUUCUUACCACAGGUAGAUGGAUUGUUUUUUUUAAUUGUUAUUUUUGACUUGUAUUCUUUUUGCAAUAAAUUCCAGGGUGUUAGUUGCUAAAUACUGUCAGGUUCUGCCUGUGAUGUGUGGAUUCUCUUUUUUUCUGAUAUAUGUAUUAUGUACUCAUUUAGCACACAUAAACAUGUUUCGGGAGACCAUCUGCUGACUUGUUUUGGACUUUUGAUAAGCUUUAAAUGUUGUUCUUUUCCCAAAUUGCAAUACAUCAUUGCAUUCUUUCCUGUGCCAAUGGAUGGGUCACAUGACUGCAAUACAGGUACAUUAAUUGUGGUCUGAAGCAAUCUAUCCAGUGAAACUGUCACAUUACUUACUUCUGGAUACAGUGACAAGUUUGUUUACAUCAGGGGUAUCUAACAUGCAUAAACGUUCAAAGUGUCUUCCUGCUAUGGAAAACAGCUUUGCAAUUAAAUGAAAAUUAAUCAAAACCAACAUUCAGAAGCUCUAAUUGACAUAUUGUCCAUGUCGGUUACUUCAGUUUUUAAAAUUCUGUUAAUACUUAAAAAAAAUCAGUUAAUACUUUGCCCAGUGUGUGUUCAUGUACUGUCCCCUUAAAAACAUACUACCGUGUGUGUUGCCAUGUUACUCCGCCUCAUUCAGUCUGCGACAUGGAAGCAGCAUGGAGGGGAACUCAAACGCCGAGCCUACUGAGCAACUCCAGCAGCCCGUACCAAAGGAAAAUGCUGUGUCCGUCUUUUAGACACAUUGUGGCUUUAGUGAAGACGACACCGAACAAAAAGAGGUCAAAUGUAAAGACUGCGGAAAAACUGUUUCAGUUACCAAAGGUAAAACCACCAGUCUGUUAGAACACUAGCAAUAUUUAAAAUGUAAUGGAAACCGCAUACAAUGAUCAUGGUUAUAGUGAUCAAAUAGUGUUUAAAUAAUUAGCUUAUAGUAAUCAAGUAAUCUGCUUAUAGUGUUCAUUUUGAGUCUUUUUAUACAUAACAUAUUUUUACUUGCCUACAUUGCCUUGUGGUAACCUGUCUGCUUCAGGCUAGCUACAUACCUGAGGCUAAUGCUGUGUGCACAGAAAACCUGACUGGAUUUUUUUUUUUUCCCAUUUUUUCUCAGUUAUGAAUAUAGAUUCAUCAAAGUUUAUGAUAAAAUACCAAAAAUGAGCCAACAAGAUGGAGUAGCGAAACUACAAUAAGCUAUAUUUAUAUAAAAUACAAUACUGUAUUAUAGUGUAUGUGAAUUAUACACAGUUCAGUAACUUAAACUGAUGCAGUGCUGCAAUUUGAAAAGUGUUUGAAACAGCUGUACUGCAUUUUGAGAGUCAAGAAAACAAUGAAGCUGUCUGUUUUAUUACCUUAUAUUCAUGUCAUAAAUAUACGGAUAGUAAUUUGCCAGAGACAUUCAUUUUGUUUGCGAACUAUUUAUUUCCUACUUUUUUAGGGAACCUGCUUUUUACAUUAAAAUGUGAGGUUUUUCAUCAGACGUUCUCAUUUCAAACGAUUUAUGCUUUGAUUUCAGUUGUGUAGAAAUAUACAAUGAAUAAAUGGUUUAUCUGUG